GUCAAAAUUACGGACACCGUUAGAUAAAAUCUAGACGUGGAAAUUUCCGGCUUUUAAAUAAAAAAUUCAAAGAAAGUACAUGUUUUCUUGGUGCAGAAAAUGAAGCUCAUAUACCUUACACUUCUUGGUCUGCUUCUGUUGAGUUACCAGUCAGUAGGAAAACGGUCUCAAAGAGAUGUCGAUUUUGAUGAUAAUGAGUUUGCUGAAUUCGAAGAUGAUGAUGAUGCUGAUGUUGUAGUAGAAGAUGAUGCAGAUUUUCCAUCAGAAUCAGAUGACACCCCACAGCAACAGUCGCAACGAGUCACACAAGAUGCCCAAGAUGAGGAAGAUGAUGAUGAAGGAACAGUAGAGACUGAUGAGGAUGAUGAGUUUGAUCAUUUCACAGAUGAAGAUGAGUUUGAAGGCUUUGACAAAGACAUCCGUCCUGGUAAAGGGAAAUCAAACGAGGUCCCUGACCUGAAAAUAGCCAAGGUUCCAAUUCAUCUAAGAACAAACUGGGACAGUUUUUAUCUGGAGAUGUUAAUGCUGGCUGGCCUGGGUGUUUAUUUCCUCAACUUCCUGGCGGGUAAAACAAAGAACAGUAAACUGGCUCAGGCGUGGCUUACUUCACACAAACAACUACUGGAAGAUAACUUUACUAUUGUUGGUGAUGAUGGCACAUCUAAAGAGGUCACAUCAGGUACACUGAUGAAGGAAUCAGAAAACGUAUAUGCCUUAUGGUGCAGCGGUAGAAUGUGUGUGGAAGGAAUGCUCGUAGAACUUAAACUGAUCAAACGACAGGAUCUCAUCAAUGUCAUGUCUACCAUGCUUAAACCAGCUGCUGACCAGAUUGUUGUGAAGGUCAGUAUGGACCCUGCAAUGGAGAAAUUCUGUUUCUGUAUCGCUCAGAAGAAAGUGGCAGCCAAAAUGCAGAAGGAAUAUCAAGAUCUUAGCCAGUUUACUGAGAAGAAAAACUUAGAUAAAUACAGCAUCCCAUCAAGCUUCCAGCUGCUCAGUGAGAUAGGGGAGGCAACUGCAAUGGUGCUAGAUAAAAAGGUUUGUCAAGCGUUUGAUCGUUACGAGAACCAGAUUGAGUACAUUCACAUCUCAGACCAGUACUCCGGAGCCAAGAACCAGUAUGAUGACAGCCAGACGAAGAUGCCAGAAGUGAAACCAACUAUUGUCUUCUGUUUUAAUGUUGCUGGUAAGGGGAAGACAAAGACAUCUGAUAUGGAGAACAUGAAACCAUUGAUGCAGCUUGUCUUCUACUGUAUUGAUAAAGUGGCCAGGAUCUCACUCAGUAAAGAGGGUAAGCAGAAGGCAGAGAAGAAUCGUCAGAAGGCGGAGGAGGUGUUCCUGAAGUCAGCGCAUGCUCAGCGUCAGGAGGCUGCCCAACUGAGACGUGAGGAGAAACGUAGAGCAGAGAAAGAGAGGAUCAUGAAUGAGGAGGACCCAGAUAAAGCCAGGAAAUGGGAGGAGAGACAGAACAAGCAAGAUAUGAAGAGGAAGCAACCGAAAACAAAAAUGAUGAAGGUCAAGGGCAUGUAAUUUGGAGAAAUUGAUGCAUUAGUGGAUCAUCUCCCCUGUUUUAUGACUACAGUAUACAGAAAACCAAACAAUAAUGGAAUUACACCAAGCUAGAUUUAAUUUUCAGUGAGAAUGAGUGAAAUUGUGUUUAAGAAUGCUAGGUAAAACUUUAGUCUUUUUUACAAAGCUUGUAUGAGAGAUAGCUUGUUGAUGGAAUACAUGUUUAUGGAAGGACCUUACAUUUUAUUUAGUUGCCUUGACUUUGAUUGAGAAAUGUUUUAUGUUGAUAUUAUUUAUGGCAAUGUUGGGCAAAGAAAAAGAAAUCUGUUAAAAAUUAUAUU